AUGGCAUCUUCCGAGCCAGCGGCGGCUGUACUGGGACGUCCGGAGGCCCUGGAUGUCGAUGCCCGUCACCAUGAGGCAGGUCCACAGGAAGGGUCCACUCCUGUGAGAAAUCCGGAUCAUGUCGAAAGGCAGUCUGGAGCCCCAGAAGUGGACUACGUCGAGGAGCUCCUUGGCGCUCUGCCGGAUGUUGGGUUGAACACCCGGUUCAUCAGCGACUUCCUGGCCAGAAUGCGUGUCACCUCACCAGAUAUCAUCCGGGCCGUUCCCGUCCAGCACAUAUUUCGAGGCUUUGCCAGGCCUCUGAGACAGCAUGGUGACUAUUAUCACUUGAGCCAAGUGACUGCCCGCAUCGGUGCAUUCUGGCCGCACAGCUGGCACGGUUCUAUGCGCAGGAAGAUCUUCACUGUGUUCUUUUUUCACAAAAGCACGGCAGCCACCAUUUUGAGCACGACAACAGCAAUUUUCUGCUACGUGGCUUUCGGACUUGCAAUUCUUCCGGACGACGGGAACCACAGCUGGUGGUGCCUGAGCGUUGGUUCUGUGACCUACGCGUUGGUCAUGCUGGUUUGGCAGCCACAGCAGCUUGUAUUUCUUGACCGGGUGUGCAUCUCUCAGACCGACCCUGAACUACAGACAGAAGGGCUUCUUAGCCUGGGCGGCAUCCUGAAAAACUCUGAUCAGAUGCUGGUGCUCUGGGAUUCUUCCUGGGCACGGCGGCUCUGGUGUAUCUUCGAGCUGUCCGCCUUCCUUCACAGUAGGCCCCGAGGUGGGAAGACGAACAUCAGGAUCAGGCCGACCAUGCUGGGUUUUACCAUUUGUGCAGCUUGGUUUGCAUUUCUGCUGGGCGGGUUCACCUUCCAUGCUGUCUUCUACAGACUUUCCGUCCACCGUGAAGGCUUCUACCUCCUCCUGUCAAUCUGCAUGGCCUGCUGUGGUUUGGGUUUCUGGUACAUUGCGCACUUGGGUCGUGAGUAUUGCCGCGACGUCAGCACCAUGUGCCAGCAAAUCGGGCACUUCCGCAUUGCCAUGGCUCAGUGCUACUGCUGUUCUUCGGAUCACCAAAUAGACGGCAGCGACACGCCUAUGAUCUGCGACCGCGUCAUCAUCCUUCACUGCAUCAGGAGAUGGUUCGGGAGCGUCGAAGCCUUUGAAGAGUACGUCCAGAACGAGGUAUACGACUUGCUCCUGGAUCAACUGUCCAAUCAUAUGAUUUCGUAUUGGCGUUUAGCUGAGGCGACUCCAGUUCAAUUUUGGGUAAGCCUGGAUCGGGCGGCAUUGCACCUUCGGCUCUUUUUUCAGAGGGAUUCCCCUCACGACCUGGUGUGGAGCCUGCUUAUCGUCAUUAACGGCUUGGCUCUCUGGCUUGGGGUUAUUCCCAUGGUUUUUCGCAUUAUGUUUAGACUGGGAUGGGUAUUUCAAGGGAAGUGUUCCUGGCGACCUUUGGACUGGCUCAAAUCCCUGCUCGUCCUACUGCCCGGGAGCUUCAUAUUCGGCCUCUUCCUCGUGAUGGAGUAUCUUCUGGUCAAUUUCCUGCCAGAGCCGUUCAAUGCGUGUGCGUUUUCCUUCAUAUCGUUGCCGCUGGCUGCGCUGGCAUGGAAGUGCCUGUCCGUACCCGUGCCUCACCGAAGCGUGAGGUCAGUUUGA